AUGGAGGCCGCCUCUGCGCGUGCGGCCGCCCGCGACCGCUGGGGCGAGUACGGCGGCCGUACGCCGUCGCACCUCGAGCGCUACAUCCAUUCGGCGUGCAGCCCGGACAACUACGAGCCCAACCUAGCGCUCAACCUCGAAAUCUCAGACCUCAUCAACCAAAAAAAGGGCGCCGCGCCGCGCGAGGCCGCCACGUCCAUUGUCACCUACAUCAACCACCGCAACCCCAACGUGGCGCUGCUCGCGCUCGCGCUGCUUGACAUCUGCGUCAAGAACUGCGGCUACCCCUUUCACUUGCAAAUCGGCACCAAGGAGUUCCUCAACGAGCUCGUCCGCCGCUUCCCCGAGCGGCCCCCGCUGCGCGCCACGCGCGUCCAGGGGAAGAUUCUCGAGGCGAUUGAGGAGUGGCGCAUGACGAUUUGCGAGACGAGCCGCUACAAGGACGACCUCGGCUUCAUCCGCGACAUGCACCGCUUGUUGAGCUACAAGGGCUACAUGUUUCCCGAGGUUCGGCGCGAGGACGCGGCCGUGCUAAAUCCAAGUGAUAAUCUCAAAUCUGCCGAAGAAAUGGAACAAGAGGAACGCGAGGCGCAGUCGGCUAAGCUGCAGGAGCUCAUCCGCCGCGGGACGCCCGCGGACCUGCAAGAGGCCAACCGCCUGAUGAAGGUCAUGGCCGGCUACGACACGCGGUCCAAGACGGACUACCGCGCCAAGGCGGCCGAGGAGGUGGGCAAGAUCCAGGCCAAGGCGCGGCUACUAGAGGAGCGUCUUGAGGCCUUUCGCCCGGGCGAUACCAUGACAGACGGCGACGUCUUUGCCGAGCUCGCGUCGUCGUUGCAGAGCGCGCAGCCCAAGAUUCAGAAAAUGUGCGAGGAGGAGUCGGACGACCACGAGGCCGUCGCCAAGUUGUUUGACAUCAACGACAGCAUACACCGCACCGUCGAGCGCUACAAGCUCAUGAAGAAGGGCGACCUCGAGGGCGCUGCCAAGGUGGCUGCUGGCGGGCCCACGCCGUCGCAGACGGCGACGGUGGCUGGUUCUGGGAGUGGUGCCGCGGGCGAGCUGUCGCUGAUUGACUUUGAUGCUGAUGCGGCUGAUGCCAAUGGUGGCGGCGGCGGCGCGUCGCAGGCGGGAAGCACGCAGGGUAUUGAGAAUGACCUCUUGGGGCUGGAUAUUGGCGGCGGCUCCGGCGGUAGCUUUGGCCAGGGCGGAAGCAUCGCGCUCGGAUUCGGCGCCAACCAAAAUAUCCCCGGCCCCGCGCUACUCUCUUCCCUGACAGACAACAGCACCGCCAGCAACAACAAUAACAACACUAGCCACAUGGCCGCUUCGGGCAGCAGCAGCAGCCAAUUCAUGUCCUUUGCAUCGGCAUCCGCGUCAAAGUCCACCACGCCCAACCCGACCGCGUCCGCCGUCGCCCCCCCUCCUCCUCCUGCGGAUCCCUUUGCCGCGUUCAUGUCGCAGUCGAGCACCGCCGGCAAGCAACCUGCCGCCGAAGACGACGAGUGGAGCUUUUCCUCGGCCUUGCCCGAAGCGGCGUCCUCGCAGCAACCACCGCGCGAGCACAAGAGCGUCAUUGCAGACGGGAGCGUGCGCGCCGAGUUUCUGGCGAAUCGCGCCACGGCGUCGUCGCCGGCCAUUGAUAUGCUGUUUUCGUUUUCCAAUAAUACAGCGCAGCCUGUUUCUGAGCUGCACUUUCAGCUCGCCGUGACCAAGGGCUACGAACUCAAACUCAAGCCGCAGACGGGUCGCGACCUCGCGCCCAAGCAGAGCAGGGGCGUUACCCAGCACGUUGCCGUGCACGCCGCUGCCGGAGGCGCGCACAGGGUCAGCUCGGUCAAACUGCGCUGGCGGGCGGCGUACAAAGUGGCGGGGGAGCAAAAGGCGGAGAUGGGCGAGAUUGCCGAGUUUAGCAUUGCGUGA